UCUUGUGACGAUCAACAAUAGAAAUAAGGCGACGCUAUUGUUUGUAUAUAUAUUUUUAUAAAAUAUAAUAAAGUUUUCACUUCUGUUUUUGAGAAAAGUCAGAAGCUUGGAGUCUUGACCUUGUCUUCUCCUCUUAAACUGAAACCAAACCAUGGUAAUGGAGACGAUGUUCCACUCAUCCAGCUUCCUCCUUCCCUCAAUCCCAGCCGACCCACGCCCUCCUCAAGCCUUUGCACUCAUCAUCCUUAACCAGCGCCUCCCGAAAUUCGCUCCCCUGCUCUGGGAGCACGCAAAGCUUCGUUUGUGCGCAGAUGGAGGUGCUAACCGCCUUUAUGAUGAAUUCCCUCUCUUCUUCCCUCAUCAAUGUCCUUCCGAUGUUCGAAACAGGUACAAGCCUGAUGUAAUUAAAGGGGAUAUGGAUUCAGUCCGAGCUGAAGUCCUAGAUUUUUACAUGAACAUGGGGACCAAGAUAUUAAAUAAAUCUGAAGAUCAAGACACUACAGAUCUACAUAAGUGUGUCACAUAUAUAAGCGACUUCACACUGGACCAAGAGAAAUCUAAUCUAUGCAUUCUGGUUGCUGGAGCACUUGGUGGACGGUUUGAUCAUGAGAUGGGGAAUAUUAAUGUUUUAUGCAGGUUUUCAGCCAUUCGGAUAGUUCUUUUAUCUGAUGAUUGCCUCAUUCACCUUCUUCCAAGAACUCACCAACAUGAGAUACACAUUCAGUCUUCAGUAGAAGGCCCACAUUGUGGACUCAUUCCAAUUGGGAUGCCAUCUGGAAGAACUACAACUUCUGGGCUCGAGUGGGAUCUGAAUGAGACGGAAAUGAGGUUUGGUGGUUUGGUGAGCACUUCAAACCUCGUUAAACAGGAGAAAAUAACUGUUCAAUCCGAUUCAGAUCUUUUGUGGACCAUAUCUCUUAAAAAGCAGUAAUGCUGCUUGCUUGAUUUGAGGUGCAUAACACUUUCUUCAAUCUCAUCUGCCUAAGGCAACUUUCAUACGGAUCAAAUUUGGAACUUUCUCCCUUUUUCAUUGGAUUAAUUAUUCAUUUGACUGUAUAUUAUUUAGUAUUUUCAUUGGAUUUAUUAUUCAUUUGACUGUAUAUUAUUUAGUAUUUCUAUUCAAUUUUUAUAAAGUUUUUUUAGUACUUAUACUGUUAUAAACGGUAUUGAAAUAUUACCAUUUUGGAACAAAACAAGAAGUUAAGAGAUGGCAAAAGGAGAAUAUAAACAUAAGAGCAACUUUCCAUCUUUCCCAUAA